GCCUUAUCUGCUCUCUCUCUCUCUCCCCAGUCCCCACCCGACGCGACGACUCCAGUUCCAAUCCGUGCUCCGCUAGGUCAAUCGAAGAGUCCAAAGAUCCCAGCUUUCCCAUCCCAUGGCGGGCGGCGACCUCACGCCUCCUCCUCCUCCUCCCGAAGAGACGCCGCCGGCAGCGGCGGCCGAGGACCUGAUCGAGAUCGUGGAGGAAGGGUCGGGGCGGCUGGACAUCGCGCGGUACGUGGACCACGUGCGCGACCUGUCGGCGGGCGCCAUCGCGACGUUCGAGGGCACGACGCGGGACCACUUCGCGGGGCGGCGCGUGGUGGAGCUCCGGUACGAGGCGUACGCGGCCAUGGCGCGGCGCCGCCUGGCGGCCAUACUGCGGGAGGCCCGGUCGCGGCACGCGCUGCGGCGGCUGGCCGUGGCGCACCGCCUGGGCGCCGUCCCCGCCGGCGAGGCCAGCGUGUUCGUGGCCGCCUCCGCCACGCACCGCGCCGACGCCAUGGAGGCCUGCCGCUACGUCAUCGACGAGCUCAAGGCGUCCGUGCCCAUCUGGAAGAAGGAGGUGUACGACGACGGCGAGGUCUGGAAGGAGAACCGCGAGUUCCUGGACCGCCACUCCGCCGACGGCGAUGCGACGGCGGGCGGGUGCUGCGGGAGCAAGGUCAGGGUCCAGGAGGCUUGACGCUGAUGGAUGGCGGCGCCCGGAUCCCUCUGUCGCUCCAUCGCGGUCGCGACUCGCGACCCAUUGGAGCAGGGGGUUUCAUGAAAUUCUAUGUACUACUUACUCGAUCUCCGUUGAUUUUGUUCUCCAUCUUCUUUCUUUCUUUCUGAGAGAGACUGCAGCUUGUACUUGCACUUGCACACCAUGAAGAUGAAAGGCAAAUAGAUGCUCUGAUAAAAGUCAUAACUCAUAAUGGAAUAGUAGUUCAGUUUUAAC